AUGAUCUGGCAGUAUGCACGACUGGCACAGUGGUGCUACGAGGAGACGGUGGGGCCCGGAUGUCUGGUGACAGCAUGCGGCAGGGAAAGGAUGCUUCACCGGGAAGAAGGAGACCGAGAGCUCUGGCUCGCGUGGCCGGGCUCCACGCAGAUGGCGCACUGGAUCGGUGAAUCAGGGAACAUGAAGGCAUCGGUCUGUCCGUGGCCUCUCGAUCAGCCCGUCUGUGGAAGAAUCCAUGCAGGAUAUGCAGAGGCCCUCAAGGACAUCGCAGACGGCUUGACGAUGCAUAUCGUCGAGGCCAAGAAGCCUCAAGUCCUCCGAUUGACGGGCCACUCGCGCGGGGCAGCCCUGGCUACACUGGCAGGGCUCUUCUUGGCCAAGGUGUUCCCAGCUCUGGAGAUUCGAGUGGUGGUCUUUGGAGCGCCGCGCAUCGGGGAUGCAGAGUUCGCAGAAGCCUACAGGAAGCAGGAGAACUUGAAAUGGGCCGGGUUCCUUCAUGAGCAAGAUGUGGUAGGUUUGCUGCCGCCUUGGCUCUGUCACAUUUGCUCUCCGAUUGAGCCGGCGACCUCCUUUCAGACGAGACUUUUGGCGGGUCUUGUGGAGUCUCACAGUAUGGAGGGCUAUCUCACAUCCUUGAGAUGCGACUACAUGUUGCGCUUGGGAACACCGGCAGAGGCCCACCAGCUGCUCGCUGGCAUCCGGGACCCUUCCUUGAAAGCAGCUCUUGCUGUGUCCCUCGGGGCUCACAGCGAGAGUUCUGCAGCUGUCCUACAGGAGGUGCGGCAGAUGCAAAGGCGACUGGGGGAAGUUUACCGGGAGGAGCACUGUCGCUUGAAGACCGAGGAGGUUGUGGGCACCCUGCACUUCCUCGAGAGCAGCAAGGUUGGUGGUCAAGCCGACACCAUCGAGUCUAAGUUGACGGAUGUCGAGGAGAAGUUGUACCAUCUCGCAGUGCAUGCGGCUGGUGAGCUUUCCAGCGAGGCCCGGGCCAAGCUCUUGGAGUUCGUCUUACAAGCGGCCAUCGCCUGGGUCGUCCGCCUGGCAGAGGUGGGCCUCGAGGCCGUGCAGAUUCAAGCGAAGCUGUUCGGAUUCGCCGAGCGGCUCCGGUCCCCCCUGUGGCAGCUUGCAGAAGUGUUGACCCGCCGUGAGUUCUUCGAAGCCUUGCCAUCUCUCGCCAAGUUUGAGGUGUUUCAUGUAAGGCACCUGGGCGCUGCUUGCAGUUCAGGAUGUAGAGUUGAGGGUUCAGGGUUGGCUUAG